CUGUGGGGUACGUACAAGCAUAAGCCGAAGAUGAAUUACGAUAAGCUUUCAAGAGCAUUGCGAUACUACUACAGCAAGGGAAUUAUUAAGAAGGUUCUCUUUAUCGAGCGUUUCGUGCAAAUUUUGAUCAGGAAGAAUUGUUCUCAGAAGUGA